CCCAGUUCUAGCUCUCCAACUCCCCCUGUUUCCUGUAACCUGAAAGAAAAAACGAAAAACAGAGCAUAGUCACAAGAUGAAGCUUUACCUUGGAAUUGCUAUAAUCCUAGCUCUCCUUGCCCUGUCCAAUUUGAACCAAACCCUUGUCCACGGAAAGAAAUCUUCGCAUAGCAAGCAUCAAUUAAAGAAGGCGCUGCUCCAUAAAGCCCACUUGAAAAAAGCUCUGCUUUAUAAAAAGCACCACCAGAAGAGCCAGGGCGUGGAAGGGAACUGGGUUCACGCUCACGCCACUUUCUACGGAGGCGGCGAUGCCUCUGGCACAAUGGGGGGAGCUUGCGGCUACGGAAACCUUUACAGCCAAGGCUACGGCGUGAAGACGGCGGCACUAAGCACAGCUCUGUUCAACAAUGGCAGAGCGUGCGGCUCCUGCUACGAGAUCACCUGCGUGGAAGACGCCCAGUGGUGCAUCCGCGGCGCGAUCACCAUCACGGUGACGAACCUUUGCCCGCCGAAUUUCGCCGAGCCGAAUGACAACGGCGGCUGGUGCAACCCUCCGCGGGAGCAUUUCGACCUCUCGCAGCCGAUUUUUCUCCACAUCGCGCAGUACAAGGCCGGGAUCGUGCCGGUGAAGUACAGGCGGGUGGCGUGCAAGAGAAAGGGAGGGAUGAGGUUCACGAUCACCGGGAGCGGGUCCUUCAAUUUGAUCCUGGUGAGUAACGUCGGCGGUAGCGGUGACGUGGUGUCGACGGCGGUGAAGGGGGCGACGACCGGGUGGAUUCCGAUGACGAGGAAUUGGGGCCAGAAUUGGCAGGCCAACACCGUUCUUCUCGGGCAGGAGUUGUCGUUCAAGGUCACCAUCGGCGACGGGCGGUCGCUGGUUUCGCAUAACGUCGUUCCGGCGAGCUGGGGUUUCGGCCAGACGUUCUCCGGAAGUCAGUUUUGA